UCAUUAUUACUGGAAGAGAGUGAAUUAUGAAAAUCUUCCUCUUGCAGAUGAUACGUACAUUGGACCAUACCCUUAUCAUAUUCCAUCGAAUAAUGAUGUCCUUGGAUUGGGAUAUCAUGCUCAAAGUGGAUUAAUGUUAGUUACAGUUGCUCGUUUACGCCCAGGAGUACCGUCUAAUCUUAAUGCUUUCUGUGUUGCUGAUUACGGCAAGGGUACAAGUCCUAAACUCUGGGGAUUUCCUGAUUUCAAGAGGAAUACUUUAAAAGAAUACUUUUAUGAGAAAAGUUAUAGAACUAGGAAGUUGACCAAGAGGCACGACACGUAUUCAGCCGGAUAUUACAAUCACUUCUACGGAGAACAGCAAGAUUCUCAAGAAGAUGUCAGAAUUGCCAAUACCAACAACUACUUUCAUGAUUUCAGCAUUAUUUCAGUAUAUCAUCCAAUUGUUGAUGACCGGUGCAAUCGUCUGUUUACUCUAGAUACCGGAGUUCUCUCUUACGGACUAACUGUGACCUACAAUGUUAAGAAUCCAUCAAUUACUGUCUAUGAGCUACCAUCAAAUGGAUGCACUAGUCGUAAAUUUCCUGUAAUCCGUCGAGUAGAUAUUCCCAAUCAUUUGUGGCAGUUCCCCGUUGGAUUCGUUCACAUUGCAUUAGACUACCAAUCUAGAGGUUCUUGCGAUGAUCUCUUUUUGUACAUUACAAAUUGCUUUGAUAACAGCAUCAUUGUCUUUGACUACCUACGUGGAGAUUUCUGGUCAUUUACCGAUUCCUCAAUGAAGCCCAUUGCUGCUCAAGCCUCGAUGGUCUUCGGUAAAUCCUUCAAUUAUGAAUUUAACUUUGGAAUUAUGAAUGUAGCUCUCGGAUGGCCAAUAGACAAAGCUGGAAAUCGUAAAGCUUACUAUGCUGCUGGAGCAAGUCUUGGGGAAUACGCAGUCUCUACUAAACUCCUUAAAAACUCCAAAAAAGCCCAGAACAAAUACAGUGAGGACGAUUUUCAUUUCAUCGGCUACCGUGGAUGUGAUUCUCAAAUUGAUCGUCAAGUUUUUGAUCACUCGACUGGUGUGAUGUUCUUUGGAGAGAUGCAAUCUAACAAAAUUCGCUGCUGGAAUACCAAACUACCUUUGAAUCCGGAUACAAUUGGGGUUGUUAUGGAAUCAGAUGCCCUUCAAUACAUUUCGGAAAUUUUUGUGGAUUCAGAAGGUUAUCUUUGGUGCCAUUCAUGCCAACUUCCCAUAGUUUACCUCAGUGAUAGCCCUCUUAAUACUAAGAAGAUAAACUCCAGGACUUUCCGUAUGAAGGUAUUGGAUGUUAUCAAAGGAACUGUUUGUGAUGUAUCGAAUUACAAAUUGGAAGGGGAUUUCUAUUUGGAGGAUGAAUAAAUAUUCAUAUAUAGUGCUUGUGUAGGGGAAUGUAGGCAUGGUUCGCACAGAGUGAGCCUUCAAAAAAUUACUCUGACUCAAAAAUGACUGGUUAAUAAAUGGUAAAAAAAAUUACUCCUAAUUGGAAUCUUAAAAAUUAGUCAUAUUAGCGUCGAAUUUUGGUCACAGCAUUACUCAAGAUUGAAUUAGUAAUAUAAUAGUUAUUUUACGGUUCUAAAAUUUACUCUACCAUGCAGUAACAAAAGCGACUCCAAAUGACGGUAUUUUUUCGUACAAAAAAUGACGCGCCAAAAACAAUGCAUAUUUGGCGUUCUUCUCUAGCGCAUAGGUACGAAAUCGACGUACACAUUUUGAAUGACAACGUUAAGUACACUUCACAACUUUGUAUUGCACUACCACCGUAGACACUAUUUUCUCAACAAUUCAUCACAUUUUCCAUCGUUUUCUACUACGUUUUAUGUACAUUUCUCUAAUUUUUCCCUAAUUCACUACAUACAUUUGCGAAGAUUUUUGCCGUUCGCCUAUUGCUGAAUGAGCCAUCCUACAUGUCGAAAAUUUCCCCCAUUGGAUGGCAGCAACACAAAAAAAUCUUUUAAAAUUUUCACUAAAUAGGUCUUUUCGACACAAAAUUUUAAUCACAGGACACUCCAGAGACUGGAGCAAACUCCUAAAUGACAAAAUUUCAUUUUGCAAAAAAAAUGUUUGUGUGUUUAUCAUGCAAAAAAUUGCCUAAUUUUCACUUAACUUCUGUCGGCACUGUACUUUUUCGAAUCACAAUACACAUCUCUGCUGAAAGAGCUUUUCCACCCCAAUGUACACUAUUAUAUUGUUGAGUAAACACGCGAAAAUAUCAAUUACUUUGCGAAUUCACAGCUCUGAAUAGUUCUAUUUGCCAUUUGACAAGUGAAAUUUCCCCUCAGACAUACCCAGCGAGGAGAAGAAUUUUUAUUAGUACACUGGAAGUCGGCGUCAUAUUUUAGUCGUAGGCGGGUAAUUUCAGAGUUAUUAUGACACCAAAUGACUUCCGUAAUUACCGUCAUAUUAUUUCCCACUUUCCGUCAUUCGACUCUCUGACGACCGUCAUAGGACCCGUUUUUAGAAUCCAGAAUACAUACAUCCAACGGUGAUCUUACUCCAAAUUGCUAUUUGGGCGUCUCAUGAGCUUAAUAAUUAUUAUCUAUCUUAUGGCUAAGAAAUGACGAAUUAGCUCAUAAAGAGAAAAUUUGAAAAUUUCACUCUGUGCAAACCAUGCCAACAUUCCCCUAAUGUUUUAAGCUUGCGUUGUCCGAUGAAAUAUUGAAAUUAGAAAAAAGGUAGUGCUCAAGACAAAAAUUAGCGGAUUCAAACAUGUUAUCAUUAAUCAAAUGUUUUUUUCUUAUACCGAAUAAAAAUCUAGAAGAGGAAAGCUUUUUGAAGACGUUGGUCUUGCCAUAGACAUUAUUUUAAAUUAUGCAAAUUGAAAGACACAAAAGACAGAAUAAACAUUUUAAAACGCGUUUAAAAUUCUAAUUUAGAAAGUAAAAUUAUUAGAUUCUGGAAGAGUUUUGUGGUAUAAAAGAGUGAGAAAUGCUAAAAAGAAAGUCAGUUUUGUGAAGUUCUUGAAAUAGAAAUGAAGAGGUUUCUAGUGGUUUUUGUUCUCUUACCAAAUAUAAUAUUAGUUUAUGGCAAUAAAAAAGAUGAACUGGAACAAAUGUAUUACUGGAGAGAAGUGAUUUAUGAAGAUCUUCCAUACGAUGGUGAAAAUUAAAUAAAAAAAAAAUAAAGUAAAAUAAAA